AUGUUAUUCGCAGCUCAUCAACAACUUUAUGAUUAUGCUGCACGUUUUUGUUUUGAUGGAUCAUUAUCAUCUAAUCCAUAUUCUUUAUAUACAUUUCAUCAACGAUAUGAUCCUCGAUAUUGUGAAGAACCAAAACCAUCUUAUUCAUAUAUUGGACUUAUUGCUAUGGCUAUAUUAAGUUCACCAGAACGACGACUUGUUCUUGCUGAUAUUUAUCAAUGGAUAUUAGAUCAUUAUUCAUAUUUUCGUGCUCGUGGUCCCGGUUGGCGUAAUUCAAUUCGACAUAAUCUUUCAUUAAAUGAUUGUUUUAUUAAAGCUGGUCGUUCAGCUAAUGGUAAAGGUCAUUAUUGGAGUAUUCAUCCAGCAAAUUUAGCAGAUUUUAUUAGUGGAGAUUUUCGACGACGUCGAGCACAACGACGUGUUAGAAAAAGUAUGGGUUUAUCCAUACCUGAAGAAGAAGAAGAAGAUGAUGAUGAAAUUUUACCAAUUAAUGAAACAGAACAUCAUUUUCAAACUUCUAUAUCAAAGAUUCCAGUAGAUGAUUUUCAUUCUAAUAUAACUGAUUUAUCACAAACAAAAAAUAGAAUUAUUCAAUCUAAUCGUUCACAACAUUAUUUUGAUGAUAUACAACCAGUUGCCAUAUCUAAUUUAGAAAAACAUCUAUCUCCAACACAAACAAUUCAUUUAAAUCAAAAUCCAAUAAAAGAAAAUCAACGAAAACGUUGUUUCGAUGUUGAUAGUCUUUUAGCACCUGAAGAACCAUGUUUAAUUAAACGAAAACAAUGUCAGUUAUAUAGAAACACAGACAUUCAUAAUCCAUAUUUGAAAUCAAGCGGUUCUAAUGUUACUGAAACAUAUGCUUAA